AUGACUUCUUUACUACCGCGAAUCUUGCUGCGUCCGGUCCGAAUCAGUGCGUCAAAUUUCAUUCGAAUUACAAGGAACUUGGGAACAACUCAAAAAUGUUGCAUUGAAACAAUACCAUUGUCAAAAGUCAAUAAAGAUGACUUGGGUCACUCGAUUCUGAUUCAUCAGGGUACUCUUCCACCUGGUUCGCCAAAAACUCCUCAUGACGUCGUUGCAAUGGGAGUGAAGGGAGCCAAGAUUCUUUCAUUGUCAUCGUCUGUUGCUGGAGCAGUGAUGGUCCCGGUGUUAUCCUCGUAUUUGUGGGAAGCUGCUGCCGAAAAACCUACAAUGAUGAUGUUUGCCAUCGUUGCCAACACUUUCCUUGUCCUGCUUUCCUUCACACCACUUCUCCUUCAUUUUCUGGCAAAGCGUUUCCCAAUUGAUAUUUUUUACAAUAACGAUAAAAAGUUGUAUACGACCAUUCAUUACAAUUUCCUGAUGCAAAAACAAGCACUUCGAUUCUCGGCUGCUGAUGUUGUGGACGCGGCCAUUGCUCCUGAGAUGAAGAAAGUGUGGAUUCCCUUGGCUACCGCAUUCGUUGGAAAACGACCUCUUUUGAUUUCACUGGAUCGAAAUGCGUAUUUGGACAAGUUGGCCUUCGACGAUCUCACUAAAAACGUGCACAUCCCAGCCAAUCAUGAUUGA